AUGUCAAUGAUAAUUGCUCAAACUCCUAAAACUUAUUUCGGUUCCGACAUUCAAAAAUCAUUAGGUUCUCUUCCUGGAUUUCCAUGGACAAAAUAUCCCGGUCAUGAUUACACUGGUCCAGCAGCUUCAGCUUUCUUAUCGUUGACAGCUUUGGCUAAACCAGCAGUUGCUGCAGCUAAAUUAAAGAGAGAAAGGAAAUGGAGACGGCGCGGCAGCAGAGAUAAAGGAAAUAGAGACGGGACAGUUAGAGAGAGAGGAAAUAGAGACGGGGCAGUUAGAGGGAAAAUAAAUAGAGACGGGGCAGUUAGAGAGAGAGGUAAUAGAGACGGGCCAGUUAGAGAGAGAGAAAAUAGAGACGGGACAGUUAGGGAGAAAGGAAAUAGAGACGGGGCGGCAGCAGAGAGAAAAGAAGUAGAGACGGGGCAGUUAGAGAGAAAGAAAUUAGAUACGGGGCAGUUAGAGAGAAAGGAAAUUGAGACUGGGCAGUUAGAGAGAAAAGAAAUAGAGACGGAACAGUUAGAGAGAAAGGAAAUGGAGACUGUGCGGCAGCAGAGAUAA